UCACUGCAGAAACGAUUUCUCACGGCCAAUCAUAGAAAAGAUGGUAUUCUUUCUGCCGAUUCUAGAAACGACACUGUAGUCUUUAAAUAGCAUGCAUUUUCCAACAUUUUUACUUGUGGUAGUUUUAGAAUGAUGUCCAAAACUGUGUUGGGAUGUGUGUUUCUCUCCCUUGUCAUUGCUGUCGCAGUUGCAUCUGAGCAACGUUGGUCCUAUUCUAGCUCCGAGUAUGAGCAGGCAACUCAACAAGUGCAAGCCACUCAGGAAGUCGAGCAGCAAGAACAACAACAGUGCCAAAAAGUAUGCAAGCAGUAUGGUUACACUCAAAGCCCUGUUUGCACCUCAGUGACUACACAGGUGCCAUAUUGGACUCAGUGCCAGAAAACUGUGCAGACCUUUGUUCCAAGCCAGUGCAGCACUUAUACGCAGUCGCCUACCUGGACCUAUUGCAGUACCUACACGUCUACCAGUGUUCCGUCACAAUGCAGCAAGUCAGUGACAACUUACACACAAACUUGCUGUGCCUAUGCUCAACAGACAUCUGCAGUCUCCACUGAACAAUACGUCCAAGAGACUGUUUCUGCCCAGUAUACAUCAUAUUAUGGCAGUUCCUCUUCUAGUUACUACUAUCGUGCUGCCGAACCUCGUAGAUGGUAUCAGGAAGAAUGUACAUCAUACUGCUGGGUCCCUGUUCAGACGUACGAAUCAUAUCAAUGCUCUCAGCAAAAGAAGCAGUCGUAUAGCUAUCCUUGUCAAACCUACGAAAAAGUUUCUACCACGUACCAAUGUGGUCAGUACCAAAGCCAACAGGAGACAUACAAAUGCGAAAAGUAUAAGCAAGAGAGUCAACAACAGUGCCAGUAUGUGCAAGAAUCAUAUUGUGUGGAAUAUGGAGAAGAAUGUCAGGAAGUUUCUGAGGAAGUUUCGCCUUCCGAAAUUUCCUAUUAUGGUGAAGCUCCUUCUAGCAGCAGCUACUACUAUUAGAGGCUGUACCACUUAAAGCGCAAAGUCGCAGAUCGAUGGACUUGUGAUUCAUCGUGAAUAAAUGUUAAAAUUUUGUUUGUUUACACGAAAGAGUGUCGAAAAAAUUCACUAUUCCGCGUAACACAAUGAGAGAAACAAAGAAGUCGAAGAUGAAAGGGAAAACCUUUAGAAUCCUCUCUUAGAAAGGGAACAGAAUAUAUAUUUGCCCAAUUUUCACUUCAUAUCUGAAGAAGAAAAUUGUAUAUUCUAACAACUUUUCUCCCCCUACGAAAUUUGCUGUAUUCUCAUUCUGUGGAUUCUAAUUUCCUAUAAUACAACGUUAUUUAAUGCGACAGAAUUUUGUACAAAGUUUGCUACGACUUUUACUUUGCAUUGGUCUCACGCUAUCAGCUUGUGAUAAGUUUGAUUCAAGAACAUGAAAAGUUUGGUGAAUCAAUCUUUUGAUAUUCAAACCACGGACUCAAGUCAUUAGUCAGCUUCCGAUGCCAUUUGUUUACAGUCUUCUCGUGCCCAUCCCAUUUAUAACAAAGAUCUUCCAACGAUUAGCAGCAGUUCGUACAACUACUUUCGUCAACUUUAGUUUGCAAUAGAUUGAAAUUUACCUUGAUGGAAACUAGCGGUGAUAGUUAGUUGCUCACGUUUCCUAUCUGUUUUCAUAAAUGCUAAUUUCUGAAA